AUGGCAGAUCCCCUGUCGAUUGCAGCGAGUGCCGUUGCACUGACCAAAUUAAGCCAAACUUGCGUGACACGACUACUGCACCUGAUCAAACGCAUGCAGACGGCGCCGGCCGACAUCAAGGCUUUGUCGAACGAAGUGGCAGAUCUCAAUGUCUUCUUUGAUGCCGUCCAAGUGCUGAGCCAGAACGUAGACGCUGAUAGUGGUCAACAAUUUAGGUUUCUUGCAACCGUUCCUCUGCUGCUCGAGCGAGCCAGGGCAGCCUUGUCGGAGCUGGAGGGAUUAUUGGAGGAGUUUACUUCGUAUCCGAAUGGCGCAAGAGCGAGAUUGCAAUGGAUACGGCGGGGAGAUACAUUGCUGAGCCUCCGCAAAAGGUUCAAACAGAUCAAAACGGAGCUGAACGGGGUGUUGACGUUGUCCACCGCAGCUGCCACGUACGUCCACGGUUCUCGUCUCUCCUUCUUACCCCUUUUGCCGUUGAGUGUCAGUUGGCCAACUCUUAGAAACAGUGCUCGAAUUCCCAAAAUUGAAAUCCUGUUGGAAGAUUUACACAAUGCGCUCAACCUCGACGACAGGGCGGCGGGCACAUCACAGAGCGUCGAGAGAUUCUCUCCAGAGACUACCAUUUUCAUUCCAGUCAGCCGCAGUCGCCAUUGCAAAGUCGUGUGUAACUGUCUCUGUCACUCUGCUGGAACGCAUCGGACGCCUCCUUUCCUCAAGCGAUUUAUCGGUACGCUGUUCCUGGGCUACACCGGGUCGCCAUUGUUUUCCGCUCAGUGCAACGUCAAGACUUGUCAGAACCCCCUCCAAGGAUCCCUCGACAUCAUCUACUGCUUCCCGUUGUGGUAUUGUCAACGAGCACUGAACAUUUCAGUCUCGUCGUCGGUCUCGCUCGGCACCACGAUCCGGUUUCACGUCAAGCGAAGAAUCCCUUGGGGCGGAGGCCAGGAUACUUUGUUGCGAUUUGCACUAACGGGGAAUAUCGAUGGCGCGAAAUUGUUGAUCGCAAGUCGAAAUGCUUUGCUGACUGACGUCGACCCUAACCACGGACGUACAGCCUUACAUUACGCCGUGCUUCGUAACAAAGUUGAAGUGUGUGAGCUCCUUCUCCUGGAGGGAGCCGAUCCUCAACUACAAGAUGAUAGUGGCAUAUCUGCCUCGCAAAAAGCCUGGGAGCAGAUCCUCUGCCAAAGAGGAAGCACAGCGGAAAUCGAGGGGCUGAAGCGCCUGUUUCCCGGAAGCGAAGAGCUAGAAAACUACGGGUUCUCGUACAUCCACAAUGUCGUUCUGGACAUUCUCCCCGCGAAGCUGGAAGCCGAGUUGCAGAACGUGCUCUACCGCAACCAAGUGCACGCAGUGGACCGCCUGAAGCGGACGGCCCUGCACUGGGCUGCAACCAGGGGCGAUGAGCAGGCGGUGCGACAUCUGGUGGAAGCCGGGUCGGACGUCAAUGCUCGCGACGAAUUCAACAGCACGGCGCUGACGCUGGCCGCGUCGACGGGCUCGGUGCGGAUCCUGGAACUCCUGCUCCUGCACGGAGCCGACGUCCACGCCAGGACCUCGAUCGGCAGCCAGGCCAUGCACCACGCCUGUCGACACCAGAGCCUCGUGGCGCCCGUCGAGAUCCUCUUGCAGGCCGGCGCGUCUCUGGACAGCACCAACAAGAACGGCCACUCGCCGCUGUGCGGCGCCGCCAUCUCCAACCGCCAUGACAUCGGCGCGUUCCUCCUCGCCCGAGGCGUCGACAUGCACGUCCGCAGCCUGCACGGCGACACGCCGCUCUUUGAGACCAUCUUCCACAACAGCCAUGAAUUCCUGCAGCUGCUUCUGGCGCAGGGCGCCGACCACGGCGCCGUCAACAACGCAGGAUCGACCGUUCUUCACGCGGCUGCGCUGGAGGCCGAUACGCGGACCGUGGAAAUCCUGCGCGCGGCGGGAAUCCAGUGGACCCUUCAGUCUUCCCGUCGAGAUCGAAGUGGCGCCACCGCCCUCGAGAUUGCCCGCCGUCGAGUCAAACCUCCCCUGGGAUUUCUGGACGCUUUUGAGCAGAUCUUGGAUCCUGUCUGA